AUGGCCGCCUGGUUGGGAGAAGGCACAGGCCCCGACCCCCUCAUGGUCCUGCUGGUCAUCGUGCUGCUAGCGCGCUUCAUUCUGUGGUCCUGCCUUGGGACCUACAUUGACUACAGACUGGCCCGGCGGCAACCCCGCAAACCCAAGGAAGACUAG